AUGGCGGGACGUUUUGGGGCCAAAAUUAUUGCUUCGCUCCAUUCGGCUCAUACGACGACGACGUCGAGGACGAUAUGCAGCAGUCAGCCUGUUAAAACAGCGGCGGCGCAGCAGCAGAGACUGCAGCAGCAGCAACAGCAGCAAUACACAGGGACGCCGGUUGCUGCUAACGUAGCUGGACAGAAUGUCUUUCAGGAUGGCGGUGUUUUACCGCUUUCUUUGCAGAAACCGGUUGCAAGUAAAGGACCGAAUCGAUUAGCAAGUUUUAGUGAAAAGAUUUCUUUGUCGGAACAUGAACAAAAGCAGGCCCAGCUAGAGGCGGAACUGCCUAAGGUCGAGUCGCUCCGAGAGUACGAUGUCGGGUUUGACGCACAUCAAGAUCUCAGAAAUGUAAAUUUGCAAUCCACUCCGACGAAACUCUAUCCGCCGCCGGAGGUACCUCAGUUUUCACAGGAACUCAGCGACGUCGACCGGGCGUUUGCCGAUUCGGAAUGGGAUCCGACGCCGGCGGCCAAGUCUAUUACGGCAAGCGGCGCGGAGGCUGCCUUCGACGCCGAAUCCGAAGUGGCGCGACCGCUGCCGAAGACGGCGCCGGUCGUGCAGGAGGCGCCCGAACCCGCGCUCGUGCGACACCCGAGGAGCGAGACCAAGAACGCGCCCAAGUGGUGGUCGGAGGUCAGAGCCUUCAAGGAUGACAAGAUUGUUAUUCGUAUGCCUGAAGUGAACCCUCAAGACGCUAUUUUGGCACAUGUGCUCAAGAGGAAGGAAGAGGAAAAAAUAGAGUCUAAGGAUAAGGACAAUAAGAAGCAUUUGGAUGAAGCAUAUGUGCACUCGCAGACUGCUGCUGAGCAGCAGUUGCUGUCAAUGAAAAAUCAAAUCGAUGAGGAGCGCAUGAGGAGAAUGCGGCAUGCUGCAAUGACUGGCCGCGACUGGGUCGAAUAUUUGGCACGCAAACGUGAAGGAGUACCCUCCAAAAUGGUCCUGAAGCAGCAGCAGCAGCAGCAGCAGCCGCUGUAUGACGACAACUCCAAAAUGGAAGACGAUGAUGGCAAAGAUUACAAUCGCGAGUUGUUGGAGUCGGAGGAGGACGGCGGCGGCGGCGGUGGUUCUGUAUCGCACAGUGCGGCCGAAUAUGCGACUAAACCUAUGAAUCAGGACCUUAGCCCAAAUUUCAAUAGGACUAUCGCUAGUGACGACGACACUGGCGAGAUGACGGCGAUGACGAAAAGAAAUCCUUAUGAUGACUUUGCGGCGCCGCCGAUCGAGCAGGUUGACACGUCACCGGACCCUCCACCACAAUCCAUCCCUACAAGCUUGAAGGCACACGACAGAAUGCGAACUCAUGAUUAUGCACCUGAAACCUAUUGCGAGGCUGAAAAUGAGGGAUCCGAGCUUGUGCCCUUCGGUAGCGGGGUAGAACAAUUUGUCUCCGAUAACGAAAAGGUUGGUCCAGGAAUGGGUUCAUCAACCUCGGGAGGGUUUGGACGCACGGCCAGGGCGCCAAGUGGGACUGUGCUGGCAGCCAAGACCAAGAAAUACUCUUCCGCCCAGCACCAUCUGCCCUCUUCGGCCACUUGUCACCUGGCCAGGAAGCGCCGUCAAUUUGAGGGCCCCAAACAGGUGGCGGCCUACGGCACCUAUGCUAGCAGUUCUCUUUUUAGCUCGGGUUCUCAAAAGGCCUCCUUCUCUUCGUGUUGCAAAAAGAAGAAGAAGAAAAAGAAGUCUAAAUGCUUUAAGAAGAAGGAGAAGAAACUCAAGUGCCUUAUUGAGGACAAGGAGAGCGAGGAGUCUAGGAGGCCGGCUUGCAAGAAGGAGCCUUGCUGCCCGAAGCAGAAAAUUGAUAAAUCUGAGAAUCAGACUAAGAUUGUUUGCAAGAAGGGCGCCAAUAAGAAGGGCAAGAAGAAGAAGAGCAAAUGUAAGAAGCAGAAACGCGACCCUUGCUGUAAACCACCAAAAAAGCAAAAAGUGAAAGAUGAGAGCUGUGGGGGAGCAUGUCCUGAAUUGCCACCUAGAAAGCCUCCGAAAAAGAAGAAACUGAAAUGUAAAAAAUUGAAACAUAAAUGCGAUGACAAACCUGAAAAAUGUUGUGAGGUGACUAAAGAUUUUGACUGCUGCCAAUCGCAUGACAAGGCCAAGCAACUCGCCAAGAAAGACGAAUAAUGACAAACAACUAUGCAUUUUGAAGUUGUUCAGCAACUCAGGAGGUACCAGGA